AUGUUCGGGAUCCAGGAGAACCUUCCGCGCGGGGGCACCACCAUGAAGGAGGAGCCGCUGGGCAGCGGCAUGAACCCGGUGCGCUCCUGGAUGCACACGGCGGGCGUGGUGGACGCCAACACGGCCGCCCAGAGCGGCGUGGGGCUGGCGCGCGCGCACUUCGAGAAGCAGCCGCCCUCCAACCUCCGCAAGUCCAACUUCUUCCACUUCGUGCUGGCGCUCUACGACCGGCAGGGCCAGCCCGUGGAGAUCGAGCGCACCGCCUUCGUGGACUUCGUGGAGAAAGAGAAAGAGCCCAACAACGAGAAAACCAACAACGGCAUCCACUACAAGCUGCAGCUCCUGUACAGCAAUGGAGUGAGAACGGAGCAGGAUCUGUACGUCCGCCUCAUAGAUUCCAUGACCAAGCAGGCCAUCGUCUACGAGGGCCAGGACAAGAACCCGGAGAUGUGCCGUGUGCUGCUGACCCACGAGAUCAUGUGCAGCCGGUGCUGUGACAAGAAAAGUUGUGGCAACAGGAACGAGACCCCCUCCGACCCCGUCAUCAUUGACAGAUUCUUUCUAAAGUUUUUCCUCAAGUGCAAUCAGAACUGUUUGAAGAAUGCAGGCAACCCUCGAGAUAUGCGGAGAUUCCAGGUUGUUGUGUCGACCACCGUCAACGUGGACGGCCACGUGCUGGCCGUGUCCGACAACAUGUUUGUGCACAACAACUCCAAACACGGGCGGCGGGCGCGCCGCCUCGACCCGUCAGAAGCCACUCCGUGCAUCAAGGCCAUCAGCCCCAGCGAAGGCUGGACCACGGGCGGGGCCACCGUCAUCAUCAUCGGGGACAACUUCUUCGACGGCCUGCAGGUGGUGUUCGGCACGAUGCUGGUGUGGAGCGAGCUGAUCACGCCCCACGCCAUCCGCGUCCAGACCCCGCCGAGGCACAUUCCCGGCGUGGUGGAGGUCACCCUGUCCUACAAGUCCAAGCAGUUCUGCAAAGGCGCUCCUGGGCGCUUCGUCUACACCGCCCUGAACGAGCCGACCAUCGACUACGGUUUCCAGCGGUUGCAGAAGGUGAUCCCCAGACAUCCGGGCGAUCCCGAGCGGUUACCCAAGGAGGUUUUGCUCAAGCGGGCGGCCGACCUGGUGGAAGCCUUGUACGGAAUGCCCCACAACAACCAGGAGAUCAUCCUGAAGCGGGCGGCCGACAUCGCCGAGGCCUUGUACAGCGUCCCUCGCAACCACAACCAGAUCCCCACGCUGGGCAACACCCCUGCGCACACGGGCAUGAUGGGCGUGAACUCCUUCAGCAGCCAGCUGGCCGUGAACGUGUCCGAGACUUCACAAGCCAACGACCAAGUCGGCUACAGUCGCAAUACCAGCAGCGUGUCCCCGCGAGGCUACGUCCCCAGCAGUACUCCCCAGCAGUCCAAUUACAACACAGUGAGCACUAGCAUGAAUGGAUAUGGAAGUGGCGCCAUGGCCAAUCUAGGGGUCCCUGGCUCGCCUGGAUUUCUUAAUGGCUCCUCCGCUAACUCUCCCUACGGCAUGAAACAAAAGAGCGCCUUUGCGCCCGUGGUCCGGCCCCAAGCCUCUCCUCCUCCCUCCUGCACCAGCGCCAACGGGAACGGACUGCAAGCUAUGUCUGGGCUGGUAGUCCCGCCGAUGUGA